GGCAGAGCGUGUGAAGUGCGCGAGAGAGCCAGAGCGCGAGAGCUGAGAGUGGGCAUACCAGACCGACAGCACAUCAACAGGAGAUUGGAAGAGCAAACACUCGCGUACUAACUUCAUCCAGCCAGACUGACACCUCACGGCUCUUAGGAAGAACCUCGUUGACUUAAGGAUUCCAAAAGGAAACAAGAGCACCACCCGCCUGAAGGAGCCAGAACUUGCCGGUGCUUUGGCGCUGCCCCCUGACCCCGAGAGGUCACUGGCAUCCGAGGUGUCCACGACAUGAUGGUGCGGCUCUUCCUCCUGCUUUGCCUCACGGCUCACGGAGCGAUCGGCAUGUUUUCCCAGCAGCCCCAGGACUUGGUGGUGGUGGCCGGCCAGCCCGUCACCCUGCCGUGCUCUAUACCUGGGUACCACGGCGUGGUGCUGUGGAUCAAGGACGGCCUCGCUCUGGGCGUGGGAAGAGAUCUGGCAGGCUACCCUCGUUACACGGUGAUCGGGGAGCACAGUUCUGGAGAACACCACCUGAGGAUACAGAGGGUUGAGCUGAUGGACGACGCCGUGUUCGAAUGCCAGGCCAUCCAGGCUGCCAUGAGGUCCCGACCCGCCAGACUCACGGUGCUCGUUCCACCUGAAGACCCGGUUAUCGACGGAGGUCCUAUCGUAAGCCUCAGAGCCGGAGACCUGCUGAACCUGACCUGCCGCGCUGACAACGCCAAGCCCGCCGCCUCCAUCAUUUGGAUACGGAACGGGGAGGUGCUGAACGGAGCCAUGUACUCUAAGACGCUUCUUCGGGACGGACGGAGGGAGAAUACGGUCAGCAACCUGUACAUUUCACCGUCCAACAUCGAAUCCGGACAGAAGAUCAUCUGCCGAGCCUCAAACAAAGCUGUUCCCAACGGCAAAGAGACCAGCAUCACAAUCGAUAUCCAGCACCUGCCACUGGUUAACCUCACUGUCGAGCCUCAACCAGUUCUGGAAGGAAACCCGGUCAAGUUCCACUGCUCUGCUAAAGCCAACCCGGCGGUCACUCAGUACAGGUGGGCUAAAGGAGGCCACGUGAUCAAAGAAGUAUCCGGAGACACCUACGAGGUCCUGGUGGACCACACGUUCUUCACCGACGCCGUCUCCUGCGAGGUCACCAACCCGCUCGGCAGCACAAACAUCAGCCGCAACGUCGACGUCUACUUCGGACCCCGGAUGGCCGCCGAGCCGCAGUCCCUGCAGGUCGACCUGGGCUCGGACGCCGUCUUCAACUGUGCCUGGACGGGAAACCCAUCGCUCACCAUCGUGUGGAUGAAGAGAGGAUCUGGAGUGGUUCUGAGCAACGAGAACGUCCUGACUUUAAAGUCGGUGAGGCAGGAGGACGCCGGGAAGUACGUGUGCCGCGCCGUGGUGCCUCGGGUCGGGGCUGGAGAGAAAGAGGUCUCGCUGACGGUCAACGGACCUCCAACAAUCUCCAGUACCCAAACACACCAGGCUCCUCAUGGAGAGAAGGGCCAGAUCAAGUGUUUUAUCCGCAGCACCCCUCCGCCAGAUAGAAUCGCCUGGUCCUGGAAGGAGACGGUGCUGGAGUCGGGGACGUCCGGCCGCUACACGGUGGAGACCGUGAGCACCGAGGACGGCGUCCUGUCCACCCUGACCAUGAGCAACAUCGUCCCCGCCGACUUCCAGACCAUCUACAACUGCACGGCCUGGAACAGCUUCGGCUCGGACACGGAAAUCAUUCGACUCAAGGAACAAGGUGGGAGCCAAGGCGGCUAUGCUUUGUUGUCUGCAGAGUCUCUGCCCAUGGCCGUGAUCAUCGGCGUGGCGGUGGGGGCCUUCGUCGCCUUCAUCGUCCUCAUCGGCACCAUCGGAGCCUUCUGCUGCACCCGCUCUCAGAGAAAAGACGCUCACCUGGUCAUGCCCUCCCUACCCACCUCCAUCUGUGCUCAGCAGAGAGAACUUGCAAGCAAAAUUAAGAGCGAAAACCUCAAAGGUGUCGUGUCGACCAAGAACGACAUCCGGGUGGAGAUCGUACACAAAGAUCACAACGCCGCUCGUGAAAACGAGGACCACGCCGCCAUGAAGCAGCUGAUGAUUGAACGAGGAGAAUUCCAGCAGGAAUCUGUACUGAAGCAGCUUGAGGUUCUGCAGGAGGAGGAAAAAGAAUAUCAGCACAUUAAGGAUCCCACCAACGGCUACUACAGCGUGAACACCUUCAAGGAGCACCACGGCACCCCCACUAUCACCCUAGCUAACGCCCACAACACCACCGAAAUGCGUCGCGAGACCUCCACCGGCAAACAGCGUGUUCCCACGGGCAUGUCGUUCACCAACAUCUACUCCACCAUCGGCGGCGCGCCCAACCCGCGCCUGUACGAGUACGGCGGGCGCUUCGUGCUGGGCACGGGCAGCAGUUCCAUCGAGCUGUGCGAGCGCGAGCUCCAGCAGCGCGCCUCGCUCAGCGACUCGGGCUCCUUCAUGGACACGCAGUGCGACAGCAGCGCCAGCAGCUACGCGCACUACGACAAGGACAGCAAGGCCUCGGCGUCGUCCUCGUCGCACCACUCGCAGUCGUCCUCGCAGAACUCGGACCUGACGAGACCCCUGCAGAAGCGCAUGCAGACGCACGUGUGACGUCAGCGAGAGGAUCCGGCGCACACGCUUUGUUCUGCGCGUUACUGAUGCCCCGUUACUGACCGUUCCUAAGAUCAUAAAGUAUCACACUGUUUGGUCUGAAUUGACGAGUGGUACCUUUAUGUACAGCUUAGCCAAAGCAGGAUGAAUUCCUAAUGGAAAACAUAGCAAAAUGCACUGAAAGUGGGACUAGAACUCAUAAAAUACUCUGAUGAGCAGAAAGAGGGAAGGAACAUAAACCUAGCAGUUAAAGUACACAGAUUAGAACGUUUUAGGCUGCAUCAGAACGAUGACGUUGGAUUAUUUUGCCUGCUCAUGCAUCCUUGUACAGCCAAGCUGUCUGCUUCACUUGUUUUGACAUAUCCAGCUCCUAAAACAAGUACAUCUGGAUCGCGGCCCUUCUGGAAGCCACAAUACCUGCCACAGUAUAGACUCACGCAUCGAGUGUGGUUGAAAAUCUGUACAUUUUAUUAUUACCUUUCUACUG